GUUAGCAACAUGGCACUCGCCAUGGUUACCGCCGAAACUUUAGCAUGUUUUCGGCUAGGACACGUUUGCUAAAAUUCAAAAGUGUCGUUUUCCCAUACAUUUUUUUACAGUGACAGCACUUACCGCUAAAAGUACGCUAUUUUACUUGCUAGCGCUAACUAGCGCUAUUUUCCGCCAAACGCCCCCAAUUUGUCAUCAUUUCUGGUUGGAUUGUUUUCAAUUUUAUAAAAAUACUAUUUUGUUGUUAAAAACGGUACAGUACAAUAAAAUAAAAUGGAGCUUCAAGACACGUACUACAAUAAAUCUGAAUACGUCGAGACUGCAUCUGGUAACAAAGUGAGCAGACAGACAGUGCUAUGUGGAUCCCAGAACAUUGUGUUGCAUGGGAAAGUGAUAGUUCAAAGUGAUGCCAUAAUUCGAGGAGAUUUAGCUAAUGUGAAGACUGGAAGGUUUUGUAUCAUCAGUAAAGGCUCAGUUAUACGGCCGCCUUUCAAAAAAUUUAGCAAAGGCGUGGCCUUCUUUCCACUUCAAAUGGGUGAUCAUGUGUUUGUGGGCGAAAACACAGUAGUGAAUGCAGCUGUAGUCGGCUCAUAUGUUUACAUCGGGAAGAAUGUGGUUAUUGGAAGAAGGUGUGUCCUCAAAGACUGCUGCAUGAUUGAAGACAACUCGGUCCUCGCAGCUGAGACCGUAGUGCCAUCAUUUGCAAGGUUCUCCGGCAGUCCUGCCAGGCUCGUGACUACUCUACCGGAAGCAAUGCCUGAUCUCAUGACGGAGUUCACAAAGAGUUAUUAUCAGCACUUUUUACCAACUACUGUAAAUUAAUAUUAAGUUACAAUAAUCAAGUAUUAGCUGUAAAAUUUUUUAUGAUAUCACUAUAAAAUAUAACUAACUAAAAAGCUUAUUACUGAAGGCAAAGCAAAAAGGUAUCAAAGCAUUUAUUUAUUAAAUUAAAUUAUUAUACAGAUU